AUGACUAGUAACAAUGAUGAUAAUGUUAAUUUAGAAAAACUUAAUAUAUCUGAUGAAAUUAUUAAUGAUUAUGAUAACGGAUCACAAGAACAAUUGGAUGUAUUAGAAGCAUAUCAAACGGAUGAAGACAAACAAGAACAAGAACAAAAAGAAAAAGAAAAAGAUGUCGAACUAGAUAAUCCAGACCUUGAAGAGGAGGUUGGUAUCACUAUGAAUGAUGAUGAAGGUGAUCAUAAAUUAAACAAUCAAAAAAUCGAUGAUGAAAUCAAUAAAGAAGACGAAAAGGAUGUAAAAGCUAGUGACGAUUAUGAUGAUGACGAUGACGAUGACGAUUUUGAUGAUUUCAAUGAAGCUAGUUUUCAACAUGCACCAACAAUUGGUUCCACAAACCAAGAGAAUGGUCACGACGACAAUGAUGAUGAUGAUGAUGAUGAUGAUGAUGAUGAUGAUGAUGAAUUUGGUGAUUUUGAUGAUUUCCAAGUAUCUCAACCAUCACCAACACAACAACAACAACAAAAACAACAAUCUCAAACCCAAUCCCAAUCAAUAUCAAUUGAUAAAGUUAAUUUUCCAACUACUAUUUUCAAUUCACCCAAAGAAUUUUCACAACGAUUAACAACUACUCUUGAUGAAAUAUUCCCAACAUCAACACCAAUACUAGAGGACAACAACAACAAGAAUCAAAUCACUACUUCUAUACAAUUAUUAAAUGAACGAUCACAAGAAAUUUAUAAACAGUUAUCUACAUUACCUUAUUUACAACCAACAAAUUGGAUAAAACUGAAUAUUCGUCAUAAUUUACUUAUAAAAUUAGGUAUACCGAUAAAUCUUGAUGAAUUGAAUGAUACAAAUACCAUCUCAGCCAAUCCUAACAACAAAAACAUUGUAACUAGUGAAACUCAAAAUGAUCUUAAAAUACCAGGAUAUAACUUUGGUAGUGGUGGUGGUGGUGGUAGUGGUGGUGGUUUUGUUUCUGUUUCUGGAAGACAAAGAAAAUCAUCAAUUUCUAUAAAUGAUAUAAAUUGGAAUGAAUUGAAUUUAAUUUCUGAAAUACCUAAAUUUGAAUCAUUAAAUAUUGAUGAUAAUUUGAAAAAUUCAUUGAUUAAUUCAACUUUAGAUAAAUUAAAUCAAUUUGAAUUAGAUAAUUUAUAUCAUAAUCUGACCACCACCACAACAACAACAAUAUCUGUCACCACCGCCGCCGAAGGUGAUGGCAGCAGCAACAACAACAACAACAACAACAAAAGCAAUAGUAGUAGUAAUGAUAGUGGUAGUACUAUUGGUGGUGGUCAUGCCAAUAGUCAAUGGAUUGAUGAAAAAUUAAAUAAAUUGACAUCGAAUUAUAAUGAAUUAUUAACAUUAAGUAGUAUUUGGAUUAAUCAAAUUGAUCAAUUACAUGAAGAAUUUGAAAUUUAUGAAAAUGUUAUACAAAGUUUUAUUGGUUAUAAUCAAAAAUUACGUCGUGAAGAAAUAUUUGAAAAUUUAAAAAAAUUAAAGAAAAAGAAAGGCAAGGCAACUAAGUAA